GCCAGCAAAACGCCAUACUUCCAAGAGCAUUUUUCGGGGCGAGUUUUCAUUUUGCGGAUAAUUGUCGAAAAAGCGGUAAAAGAACGUGCAAACACAAACCGAAAAACCGCUGCUUAAAUGCGUUCAGCACGUGUGACAACAACGCUACGUUUAAGACGCUGAAACUGUCAGUUUCUGGCCAAAAAAGAGCGGCCAGCGAGAACGAACAGAGAAAAUUAAGUGUGGUGGAAAUAAAGGCACCAAAUAAUCGGGGUUCUACGCAUUGUACGGCGUACUGUGUUUGCACCCAAACGACGCAAACAAAACCAAAACAACCCAAAAACCGUUUAAGAACUAUGAGAUCCUAGAACCGAGGGCCGGGCAUAGGAUUCCAUUUAACCGCCAUGGACAACAGAUUCAAGAGGCCGCUCAAGCAGCGGGCCAACUACCUGGACGCGCCCUACCACCACAAUCCGUCGCGUGGCUAUCAGAGGAAUCUACACGGUCAUCCCAACCAGGGGCAUCCCACACAUCUGCAUCCCGGCAAGAGUGGAAGAGCGCGCCAACAUCACGGAUACAAUCAUGGCGGUAAAAGCUACCGCAAGUCAAUGCCACCGCCUCCGCCGCCACCUCCUAUUCAUGAGGGCGGUGGUGCCAUGGCGCCUCCCUCGUCCGGCGGACCAGUAGGUCCCGGCGCCGAUAUGGUCACCCUCAUUGUGGAGAACAACAAUCUGAAGCGGAUGAUUGUGCUUCAUUUAAAGUUGAUGCAGGAGCAGACCGACAGCCUGGCGGCCAAGGACAAGGAUCUAGACGACCAGAGCACCAAGAUAGGCGUAAUGAUGGCGCUAAAUCAGGAACUAAAGCGAGCCGUUACCAAGCUGGAAGCCGAAAACGAGGAUCUGCGCAAGCAACUGCGAAGAAAGAACCAGCGACGGAAUGACGAUGACGACGACGACGACGAUGAUCAUUUACUGCCACCUGCUGUUCCGCAGCAUAAGCCGAUCCGCUGUAAUGCAGAGACGCAAACUGUGAUUAGGGAGCGGGAACCAAGCACCCAAACAAUAAGUUCGCUGCCGCAGCAAGCAGAAGCUAAACCUAGGAUUCUGAGUGUGGAGGUGAUUCCAGCUUCAACCCAGUACGCUGCAGCAAUCACGAAUUCGCCGGCCAGCAAACGCUCCGAGAGCAAAGGCCGCGGCGAGUUUAAUGGUAAGAAGGUGAGCACCUUCAUCCUGCAGCGCAUGAACCAGGACUCCAAGCAUCCCGUCCAGGAGCAAAAGGAUCAGGUGGCAGAGGAGACGAAGCUGGAGGAGCAGCUGCAGCAGGAAGACGAGGACCAGUUUCGAGAGGAGGUCCAUCACGGCGGGGAGGAGGAACAACUGGAGAUGCAAGAAGUGCAGGCUGAGGAAGUUGUUGGAGGAGAUAUCUUCCACGAUGCUCUGGAGUCCAUUGAAAUGGAAGUGGUCACCGAGGAGCUGGUGGAUUUGGAGGAGCAAGCACAAUCUGUGGAUGCCAACGGCCAUAUGGAGGAGGACGACGAUGACGACGACGAAGAGGAUCAAGAGGAUACGGAUGAAGCGAAUUCCGAUGAAGAGGACAACGAAGACGAUUCUCAAUCGGUGAUGAGCAACGUGGACUCCCACUCUCGAGCCGAAGCCGAUCUCUGGCAGAAUCAGGUGAACACCCAGGAGUUGGAAACGACGCAGGCCAUGGCGCCUUCGGCCCACUCAACGCCCAAUCAUCAGCAGAGAGGCCUGUUUGAAACGGAGCAUAGUAAAGAGGAGACUGAGGAUAGGAUAGAGGAAACGGAGCAGCCCCUGAAUCCUGAACAAAAAGUUGACGCAUAUAAAACUCUUAUUUUCCUGCAGGACGUAAAGUUGAAGAAAAAGGAGAUGGAACGGCAAGUAUCUGUGGAGUUGCCGAAAACACCUAAGGAGCAGCAUAAGCAGCCGGACUUGGCUAAGGAGGAUCACAGAGUAACAAAGAAAAACCAAGAAGUUCCCAAGGAGCAACCGAAGCAACAGGAGGUUCCAACGACGGCGCUAAAACAGGAGGACCCACCAAAAGAAAACAAGCUACAAGAUCGGGCAAAGGAUGUGCGAAUAGAACAGCAUAAGGCAGCAGAGGCGCGCAAAGAGCCGGUUGUCAAUAGGCAACCGGAGGAUGUGCCCAAGCAGUUGCCGAAUGCGGUAGCGCCAAAGGUAGCAGCUGCCCCGAAUCCAAUGCCUAGGGAAACCUCUGUACUCAAGGCCAACACCGCUGAUGUGAAAUGUUCACCUGCUCAGAAGAAUAUUGCUAACCACCAGUCCACCAAGACCCAAACGGAUCCGGUGAAGAAGCAGCGACUGCAGGUCAAGAUAAGGCAGUAUGAUGUGUUGUCUGACAACAGAAUCAGCUCCUCCGCUCCCUCUGAUCCAAGGAAACACAAGAUCAGUGAACCGGAAUCAGGUCCCGAGACGAAGCUCUCUAAACAUUUGGAGGAGAAGGAGGAGGAAACCAAGCACAAACUUAUGUUACAUAUACAAAAGGUGGUGCAGAGUCGGUCACAUACUACGCCCAAGAAAGUUAUAGGGGAGAGAUCGGCCUCAAACCUAAUAUAUCCACCACCCAGUGCCCCCGUGUCAUCUACCACAAUUACGCCAGCGCCCACGCCGUCAACAACACCGACGCCAGGCUCCACGCCGCAGCCCACGAACAUAUCCUCGAUAGAACCGGAAAUUUCUGCGGCAAAAUCAAAGGUGUCUACGGCAGCUGAGCCAAUAGUAACUCCUCUGACACCUCAGUCCAAUAGCAGUGUCAGCAGCAGCACUUCCACAACCAGAAAAACCGUGAAUAACUGCUCACCCCACACGUACAGCCGGGCGACAGCGAGAUCGGGAAAGACGAAGUCCAUAUUCCGCACCGUCACGUUCCCGUACAGCACGAGAACGUGGGAGGAUCAAGAGUUCCACUGCGACAACGAGUUCUUCCUGGAGGAGGCCGACGAGCUGCUGGCGGACUAUCCUAGUCUGGAGAUACCCAAGUGGAGGGAUGUCCCAGUGACGCCAAGUUCGGAUAAAAGUAACACGGAGCCACUCAGCGAUGCUGUCUUUGAGCGGCGACACCAGAAGUAUGUAAAGGACGAGAUCGAUCGAAAGUACAGGGAUGCACGGUACAUGAGGGAGCAGAUUAAGCUUGAAGGGUUAAGGACGCGUCGCAAACAAGACGAGGUAUUGGUUGUGCUAGAUCCGUUGCCCGCGUCUACGUUUUACCCGCUGCCUGGUGACAUCGAGGCCAUCCAGUUUGUCAACGAGGUGCCGCUUCAGGCGUAUGGUGAAAACAUCAUCAACAUGGAGGCGCGAGAAGAUUUCGGCGUCCCCUGGGUGGAUGCCGCCGAGGCGACAACGUCCAUAGCCAGAUCCAAGGCGCUGGCCGAACCGGUGGCAACGUUGGCCAGCAAAAAGCUGGCCACCACCGCUGCGGAAGCGAGGCACCAAGAAAACCACUCCUCCUACGUGUUUCUCAAGGGACGCAAGCGUCUAAAGGUUCGUUAGCCAUCGUCAGGCAGCUCCUGGAGAUUCUGCUACGGAAGCUGAGCUGCGAGUGGCGAUUGGGCGGAAGACGUUGCGUUUACCAUGCUGAUCUUUUUCAUUUUAUAAGUUUUAAUUAUUUCUUAAGCGUAAAAGUGAGAGCACCAGAGUUAACAGUAGCGAAUCCCAGAGAUCGUAAAAUUGUCAUGUAUUCCAGAUCAGACGAGGUAGCUUGUACAUAUGGUUCCACGGCAGCAAAUCUUAUAUUUUGUAAUAAAAUAGGCGAAAAGAUUUUUUUAAAAGUAAAAUACAUUUUUUUUUUGAUAGAAGCAAACCAUUGAAAUGUCAUUUUAAACAGUUUUCUGUUAAUAUGUUAAUUUUUGAAAUAUUUAAAACAACAACAGAUUUGGUUGGUAUUCAAUGUAUAGUUUGCAGCUAAGAUAUUUUAUCAAGUUUCCUAAACUAUUGCUAGUCGCCUGGUCUGGAAAUGAUUAGUUUUAGUUACCAUCUUGCAAUCCGUAGAAAUUCUAAAGAGUUUCGCUUUAGCUUGUUGCUAAUUUACGUAACUAAGUCCCAAACAACAUGUAAUCUAAUCCAGUCUCUUAGUAAGAUCUGAUAAUACAUCUCAGCUUUAUCACCUUUAAGAUCGCCCGUACUGACGUGAUAAAGGAACAGCAAGGAUAUGUUCAAUGGGCUGUUUUUUUGGCAAAACAAAAUGAAAUUCGUAGACUUCUAUUUUUAAACAUUUUUUUUUUCUUAGCUCGUAUAACCAUUUUCUUUUGACUUUAUUUAUACUAUGUGUUAUGUCGUGGCGAUGCUCUAAAGUGGACAACGAGUGUGUUGCGAAGAGUUACUCAGGUAUAUCCCCGAUAAUUUUUUCCAUUUUUUUUUUUUUUUUUGAGGUUUGAUUGUGUAAAAAUUGUGUGAGAGUUGUUGUCUGCUUAGGGUCAUCGCACUUAAAAAUUUACCGUAUUGUUGUAUUUUAUUAUCUUCUUUUAACUUGUUUCAUGUUUUACCAAAAAAGAAAAACUCUAAGAACGCAAACAAGAUUUGAAAAAUAAAUACGAACCUGAUCUUAAAGCUAUAAUCACACGGAGGCCUCACAGGCUAAAUAUUAUUUUUCAGCACGUCUUCUGUUUGACUUUCGGUAGCAAUGAUAAGGAGCCUGCCAACGUCCGGUGGAAAUCAAAUCCCCAGCUCGCCUUCGAGUGGCGCCUUUAUAUUUGUAAAUUUCUGUAGGUGUUAAGUCGGUUAUUUGUAAUGUAGCAUUAAGUAGAACCAGGUAUCCCAAGCGCAUUGCAAGAUAAUUAUAAUGCAAAAAAAAAAGAGAAGAGUUGUAUAUUGUCAAGGAGGAGAAGGAGCAGAAGAAGGUGGAACGUCGUAAAACACCCUUUUACACCAUUCAU